AUGGCUCUAACAAUCGCUGUUCUCGCUGUGGUUGGUUUCGUCUUCCUUGCUGGUCUCGGUUUCUGCGUCUACUUGCACUGCUCCCGACGCAGGAGACGCGGUGGCAGUCGCUUUAAGCAUGGGAGCAAAAGAAUUCGCGGUUUCGGUGGCUCCUAUCACAUCCUCUUCAAUUCGGAGGGCGAAGAACCUCUUACCAAUGGAAGCAACACACUCUUUUGA